AUGACGGACAACAUUAAAAAAAUUGUCCCGGUCCCAGCAGAACAAAUCGACGUCGAGGUUGGUCAAUCUGAAGGACUCCAGUCAACUGCUUACAAUGCUGCUCUGAAGCUUGCCGCCGCCCACGAAGGUGAUGAAGUAGACCUGGCUGCUGAGAAGGAAUUAAUCAAGAAGUUGACUGUCAUGAUCAGUCACGGUGCCAUCUUUGGACUGAGAGAAGAUCUGGAUCUCACCCAAGGGCUACGAUACUCGAACUGUACCAUGAUCUUUUUCUGUGGUUUCAUUAUUGGCUGCUAUCCCCUCUCUAUUCUCGGCCAAAAACUCCCUGCUGCUAAGGUUUGUGCCGGUAUCUGCUUCUUCUGGGGUGCAGUGGUGUUGUCUACGCCUGCCUGCACUUCGUACGGAGGAUUCAUGACGAACCGAUUCUUCCUUGGUCUCAUUGAGUCAGGCGUUUCCCCUGUCUUUAUGCUGGUCACAUCGAAGUGCGGUGCCGUCAACCUUGUCUCACCACUCAUCAACUAUGGCCUUGGCAGCAUCAAUGGUAUCAUCACGGGAUGGCAUAUCCUCUACAUCUUUGCAGGCUCUAUCACCAUUCUGUGGUCGUUGGUCAUUUAUGCACUCUUCCCAGAUUCGCCAGUAUAUCUGUGGCAGAGGUCACAUACGUAUAAAGGGUUAAGCGAGUUCAUCGACAUUCAAUUGCAAACAGUACAUAUCUAA